AUGGAAGCUCGCGGGAUAUCCCGUUCUCUCGAUCACGUAAACUGGUGGAAUCCAGAACACUGGAAGCAUAGAGGACCUCGGAGUAUAUCUUCGAUCUCCUUGGAUGACGCUGAUCCUUCGGAGAUCAGAAACGGCUGGUUGACUCUUCGACAUCCUAAGGCUCGGUUUCAACAGAAACAAAUGCAGGAGAGGGAGAUGAAGAUAGCGUCUUUAUACGAGGCGCAGCAGGCGAGGGCUCUGGACAGGGUUCGACACUCGCCCAGUAACGUGGGGCACACCUCACCGCCACUGCCACCAGCUACACAUCAACCAGGAAAGGUACGACAGAUGUUUGAGGAGCGCAGAACGAAAGCUGGUAUCGACAAGAGUUAUCCUCUACAGCCUAUACACAACACAGACAGGCCGGCAGCCAGGAAACCACUGCCCAAUGGAUACAACAAGGUGGCCACCUCGAAGGUCACUGUCGAGAGGAAAGUCAACAAGACACAUACUAUCAACUCACACAGCGUGAAACGGCAACAGGUGCAUAAAACAGAAAACAUAGUCAAUGGCUCCGGUGAUCUUAACCAUAAUCAUGAACCGGACAUGAACUCCGUCAAACAUAUUCUGCCACAAAGUAACGGUGAGGUGAUACUCCCGAACACGGACGAGCUCGAUAAAGCUGACAACAAUUACCUUUUGGAGAACGAAACGUUCCCUGAGGCUCUCGCGCCAACACCCACACCAAGGUCACCUGACCCACCAGCUGUUACCAAGAAACCUCCACCUAGAAGAAGUCCUGCUCAAAGAAGCAGUCCAGCCAAAACGAAACCUCAACCGUCACCACCAGCUGCAGCACCAGCCCGAAGGACUACAAGUGAUAAUGCUGUACCGGAGAGCAACAAGGCCCGUGGGGCCAUGCAGCGAACUGUUAACCCGAGUUCAGGCAGUGUAGGCGGAGCGGCGGCGAGCUCAGCGCGGCGCGGCGCGGCGGCGCCGGCGCUGUCGGGCGCGGCCUCGGGCGCCGCCUGCACGGUCUGCGGCCGCCACUUCGCCCCCGACCGCAUCGAGAAACACCAGGAGAUCUGUCGCAAAGCACACGCCAAGAAACGAAAGCCUUUCGACGCUCUCAAGCAUAGACUUGCUGGCACUGAAGCUGAGCCCUUCAUAAAUAAGCUACGCAAGGGUCCAGCUAACCCUGCGUCCUCGACGAAGGUGAACAAGAACCUGAAUAAUAACUGGCGACAGAAGCACGAGGAGUUCAUACAGGCGAUACGUGCUGCUAAACAAGUGCAGGCUCAUCUCAGUGCAGGCGGCAAACUCAGCGACCUUCCGCCACCUCCUCCGUCAGAGAACCCUGACUACGUGGCGUGCCCACACUGCGGGCGACGCUUCAACCAACAAGCGGCCGAGAGGCACAUCCCCAAGUGUGCCAACUACCAGUUCAACAAACCCAAGCCCGCCGCCAAGCGUCGGUAA